AUGGAGGAGAUUAUAAUUAAGAAGGGGGCAUGGUCUCCUGAAGAAGACCAAAAAUUGAAAGAUUAUGUUAUGAGAUUUGGCAUUUGGAAUUGGAAUCUCAUGCCCAAAUUUGCAGGUCUUUCAAGAACUGGGAAGAGUUGUAGACUUCGAUGGAUGAAUUAUCUCCGCCCUGAUGUUAAGAGAGGACCUUUUACCAUGGAAGAAAGAGAAACCGUCAUCAAAAUGCAUCAGCAACUUGGAAAUAGAUGGGCUACUAUUGCUGGAAAAUUGCCAGGAAGAACAGAUAACGAAGUUAAAAACUUCUUUCACACACAUCUAAAGAUGCAUCUUGGACAGAAAAAUAUUAUUGAUGCCCCGGUGAAGUCUAGGAGGGUAAGAAAACCGAAGAAAAAGGCCGCUCAGGAAAAAUCUCAAUUAUUUGUCGAUAUUUCUAAAACAUGGAGUAACAUGAACACUAGUAAUUUGAUGAUAUCACCAAUGGGUGGUUCUUCUUCACUAUCGAGCAGUAGCAUUAUUACAUUUGAUCAAAAUGAAAAGAUUGAUGAACCAAAUCCGAUGAUUGACAUGGAAAAGACGGUAAUUAUCUUGGAGAGCAAUCCAGCUGCAACGACUCAUCAUCAUCAAUCAUCAUCACAUAGUAAUAUCGAUUCCUUCGAUCAAUUUGUUGACACUACUUCAUUUUGGCUUUAUCUACUUAAUGAUGCCAAUCGUAUUAUUUUAUGA